AUGGAGUUAGCUGCAGAUUAUUUAGAUGAGGGUAGAACCAUGUUUACAGACAACUGGUACACAUCAGUCAGUUUAGCAAAUGAACUUUUAAGCCGAUCAACAAAUCUUGUAGGUACAUUACGUUCUAACAGGAAGUUUAACCCAAAAGACGUAAUAAACGCUAAAUUAAAGAAAGGUGAAAUAAAAUCAAGCCAAAAUGAAAAUAAUACCGUGAUUAUGAAGUGGAAGGACAAACGCGAUGUACUUAUGUUGUCAAAAAAACACAAAGACAAUUUAAUAGAAACAACUAAUAAACGUGCUCAAAAAUUAUUCAAACCAAAAAUGGUAAUGGAUUAUAAUAAGGCAAAAGGUUUUGUCGAUAUUUCUGAUUUGAGAAAUUCUUACCACUCACCACUUCGUCGAUCAUUAAAAUGGUAUAGAAAAAUUGCAUUCGAAAUUUUACUAAAUACAAGUUUAUUAAAUGCAUUGACAUUAUUUAAUACUGUGACUGGUUAUAAAAUGGGUGUGACAGAAUUUAGAGAAAAUAUAGUUCAAGCUUUACUAAUGAAAACAACCAACAUACCAAUGAUAUCCAAACCAACUGAAGGAGAAAUUCAUAAGAUUGUUAAUUCUAAUCGUGGUAGGUGUUCAAAUUGUUAUUUCGAAAUGGUUCAACAAGGUGGAAGGGAACACGCACAAAAAAUUACACGUAAAGUACAAACGAAGUGUCCAGGCUGUUCUAAACAUCUCUGUUUGGAUUGUUUUUUCAAAUUGCAUUCAACAAAAAAAAUAUAA